GAUAAUGAUACUCGGCUCGGUUAGUUUCGUUCAUUGCGCUCAUUUUGCAUCAGACGAAUAAAGUGAAACUACUCUUUCAAAAAAUUAUUACUGCAACUUCAAAUUUUUGCAAGUGAAGUGAUAUCUUUUCGAAAAUAUCUGAUUUAUCCUCAAAAUGACUCCAAAUCUACAAACUUUUAUCAACAGUUUUCAGAAUCGCCUGGAGCCUCCGGUGCGCCAACAUCUAAAAAAUGUUUAUGGUACACUGAUGAUGACAUGCGCAUCAGCCUCAGCUGGUGUGUAUGUAGACAUGUUCACCAGGUUCCAAGCAGGAUUGCUCUCUGCAAUUGUUGGUGCUGGUCUUAUGUUGAUGCUCAUUGCUACACCUGACAAUGGCAAGAACACAAGCCUGCGUCUGGGAUACCUAUUAGGUUUCGGUCUCACUUCAGGAAUGAGCAUGGGUCCUCUGCUGGAAUAUGUUAGCAUUAUUGACCCAUCUAUCAUAAUAACUGCCCUGCUCGGCACAACGGUGGUGUUUGUCUGCUUCUCUGUCACGGCCAUGUUGGCAGACCGUGGCAGCUAUCUGUUCCUCGGUGGCACACUCUUCACUCUGCUCACAUCCAUGUCCCUCAUGAGCCUCUUCAACUUGUUCAUGCAGUCACAAUUCCUAUACCAAGCUCACCUUUACUUGGGACUAGUACUGAUGUGUGGAUUUGUGCUAUUUGACACCCAACUCAUCAUUGAGAAGCGUCGCAUGGGCAGCAAGGACUUUGUUCAACAUGCCCUAGAACUCUUCAUUGAUUUCAUUGGCGUUUUCCGAAGACUGCUCAUCAUUUUAACACAAAAGGAGGAACAGAAUCGUCGCCGCAAGCGGGAAUAGAUGUCUGUAUUUAAUAAUAAAUUAAUAUCAUAUAUAUGUUUGGGGGUGUUGUGUCAAAUGUAACUACUAUGUUCAGUGUUUUAUUAAUUUGUUGUUCAUGUGCUGAUAAAUUUUUUAAGUUUCUUGUAUAGGAAUAAAGUAAAUAAUUGGA